AUGAGUUGUAGGGAUGGACUUAUGUCACCACAAACUGAGACUAAAGCAAGUAUUGGAUUCAAAGUCGGUGUUAAAGAUACUGAUAUCUUGGCAGCAUUUCAAGUAACUCCUCAACCUGGAGUUCCACCUGAGGAAGCAGGGGCUGUGGUAGCUGCUGAAUCUUCUACUGGUACAUGGUCAACUGUAUGGGCUGACGGGUUUACUAGUCUUGAUUGUCACAAAGGUCGAUGCUACGGCCUUGAGCCUAUUGUUGGAGAAGAAAAUCAAUAUAUAGCUUAUGUAGCUUACCCUUUAGACAUUUUUGAAGAAGGUUCUGUUACUAACGUGUUUACUUCCAUUGUGGGUAAUGUUUUUGGGUUCAAGGCCCUGCGCGCUCUACAUUUGGAGGAUUUGUGAAUCCCUCCUUCUUAUACUAAAACUUUCCGAGGACCGCCUCAUGGCAUCCAGGUUGAAAUAGAUCAAUUG